AUGUCGAUUCUCAUCACCGGCGCAGGCGGAUAUGUUGGCCAAGAGUUGGCCGCUGGUCUUCUUGCCAGCACCCCAAAAUCUACCACCGUGACCAUCACCGACGUGGUCGAACCUGGCGUGCCAGAAGCCGCUGCACAAUAUGCCAACCGUUUGACUUGCGUUCGCGCCGAUUUGACCUCGCCAAAGGAGGUUGAUGAAUUGAUCAGUGGCUCUCGCCAAUAUGAGACCGUCUAUCUAUUGCACGGCAUUAUGUCCAGUGGCUCCGAGGCCAACUUCGAGCUGGGAAUUAAAGUCAAUCUCGACUCUACUCGAUACAUCCUGGACCGACUACGUGCCACCCAACCUGGCGUGAAGGUGGUCUUCACCUCAUCACUGGCGGUUUACGGCCCAGCAGCCCCUGGGUUCCUGAUCAACGAGAACAAUUUCCCGCCGAUCCCCUCGUCUUCCUACGGAUCACAGAAGCUCAUCAUCGAGACACUCGUGAACGACUACUCUCGCCGCGGGUUCCUCGACGGACGUAGCGUGCGACUGCCUACAGUAACCGUCCGAGCCGGCAAACCCACCCAAGCCGCAAGCAGCUUCGCCAGCGAUAUCAUCCGCGAGCCAUUCCAGGGCAAGAAAGCUAUCCUGCCCGUGGGCAAGGAGACCGAGAUGUGGAUCUGCUCGCCUCACACCAUUGUCAAGAACUUGAUGCACGCGCGGACGAUUCCGAAGGAAGCAUUUGGCGAGUCACGCUCCGUCAACCUACCGGGACUGAAAGUCAGUGUACAGGAGAUGCUGGAUGCACUGGAGCAGGUCGGUGGAAAGGAGCGACGAGCGCUGGUCGAAGAGAAGUACGAUGCUGCCACCGAUAAGAUCGUGCAGUCGUGGACGCCUCAGUUCUCCAACGAGCGUGCAUAUAAUCUCGGCUUUUCCGCAGAUAUUUCCAUGCUGGAAAACAUUAAGCAGUUUGCGAGUCGAUUUGUAUGA